AUGCUGCCGGGCGGCUCCGCGACGCCGCAUCCGUGCGCGGCUCCCGGCGCUGCGAAUCCGGGCGCUUCGCCCCCGCGGCCCGGCCACGCACCUGGGGCGGCCCCCGCUCCCUCCCCGCGGCCCCGGCCGGGCCCGAGCGCCUGGGGAGGAGCCGUGCGGGCCGCCAAGCAGCGGCGGGGAGCAGAGCUCGGCCCCAGGUGCAGCGCGGAGCCCCCCGCGGGCCGGGCCUGGCCCUUUGUCUGCGCGGCCCGGCCUCACCCCGGCCCCGCACCCUCCCGCCGGGGGAGCCGCCCGCCGCCCUACCUGCUCCGGCCCUGGGCGCGGGGACAGGCCGGGCGCCGCGCCCCGCAGCCGGCUCUGCCCGCCCGCUCCCGGCGCCCGCCCCGCCCCGCGCACGGCAGGUUCCCGACGUCAGGAGGCGGCCCCAGCGGCCGGGCCGGGCCGCGCCCGCCUUCCCCCCUCCGCGGCUCCAGGCCCCGAGGCCUCGUUCUCGGCGAGAGCCGCGGCGCCGUGGCCCUCCUGUCCCGAAGCUCUCCGGUGUGCGUCAGUCUACCCGCCCCACCGCCAGUCCUUCCUCCCUCAUUCUCCAGCGGGUUCCCUUGCAGGCCAGGAUGUUCCCUUGGUGGCUUCAAUGCUGUCUUCCAGAAUUUUGACUCAGCAACAUCUGAUUACGUGGAAACCGUAGGUCCGGUGCAUGGUCCUGAGUGGAGCCAGGAGUCGGGCUGGACAAUGCUUGUGGGUCCCUUCCAGCUCAGGGUGCUCUGCAAUCCUAUGAUUCUGUGGUACGCAUUAUCCCCCCAUGGACUUGCUCCUCAUGGACAGCAGUAGGACCAAUCCUCUAGAAACAGCAGCAGGAAGGGUGAAAUGAGCAACAGCAGGAGGGAGUUAGGAACACCUCCCUCCUCUUUCUUAAGAGCAGUAGGACUUCAUUAUUAUUUAAUGACUAGUAUUAUUGCCUUCUUUAAUCAACAUUUGAGUUCUUCUCUGGCAAAUACAUCUUGCCCAGGGGGUGACUUCUAGGUGUGAUUAUCUUCAAAGGUCUAAAAUCUGGUUGAGAUUGCAGCGUUUGUAUUUUAUUGGAGCACUCCUGCUAUCUCCUUGCAGAGGAGCACCACACCAUGCCUUGCUGCUCUCUGCAUCCCUGGGGUGCCAGGCAGGAGGGCAGGGUGAGCAGUGGUCACUUCUGGGCCAUUUUAAAGGCUUUUUGCAUUGAGCUUUGGCAUAAACUGAUGUAAAUCCUUUAUAAAUAAAAGCAGACUUCCUCCUGUU